UGGAUGAGAUGUGGAUCUGAUAGUUUCAACAGAGUACGAUCCCAGGGCGACAGGUUUGAGACUCAUUCGUCUGCGAAACCUCGCACUCACUUACCGGAUAUUUAUUCACCUGUAGGACGUUUCUUACCUGGCCGCCGGACGCCGCGCUACGGUUUCGGAGGACUUGAACUGUAGGGGAUUUCAAAACUACAUUGUAAAUCCUCUCAAAAGGAACUCGCUGAAUUCAGCGACACGCUUUUACAUUAAGUUUCAGUGCUUGGCCAUUAAAGGAAACCAGAGGAACCACACAGCUUUUUAAUCUCCAUCUGACCAUCUCGGUUUAUUUUCUGCGACUCUAAGUUCAACAAGCGGAAACCCGACAAUUAUUCAAGGUGGACUGUCCACCCUUUCCUCGGAUGAACAUGUCAGGACUGUUCAGCGCACUCAUUCUCCUAAUCAUUCAAGGAGCGUUGGCUCAGCGCGUGAGGGUGGACCAAGAAGUCGUGUCAUAUCCUGGUCAGACAGUGACACUGCGAUGCCAGUUUCCGAACCCAGGCGAAACCCAGCUCACUCAGGUGUCAUGGAUCUUUGAACGGACUGAUGCAGAGCGAACCAACAUUGCAGUUUUCCAUCCAAACUUUGGGGUAAAUUACCCAACAAAAUCUCCUGUAGUAGGCCGUGUCAGUUUUAUAAAAGAUCCGCCCACUUUGGAGAACCCAUCCAUUCAGAUCAAAGAUGUGAAGAUGACCGACGAGGGCAGAUAUAUCUGUGAAUAUGCCACCUAUCCCUCAGGCAAUGAACAGGGAGUCUCUUCGCUCGUCAUGUUGGCUAAACCGACGAACAUGGCUGCAACUGUCACAGUUACCGCCGGCAAAACCCCAGUCGUCGUGGCGAACUGUGAAUCAUCCAAGGGCCGUCCGGCAGCGACCAUUUCAUGGUCCACGGCGCUUAACGGAAACGUGACGACGCCGAUCACAACGGAAAAUCCGGAUAAUACGGUCUCCAUCAGGAGUUCCUACAUGCUGGCUCCUCAGCCGUCGGAUAAUGGCAAAGACAUCAGCUGCAUCGUGUCACAUCGUACCAUGACCCAACCCGAGACCUUCCCGAUGAAACUCGUUGUUGAAUAUCUUCCCCAGGUGCAAAUCGUAGGGUACGAUAACAAUUGGUACAGAGGUCGGACAAGUGCAUAUUUGACCUGUCAGGCAGAUGGAAACCCCGCCCCCACCACCGUCACCUGGAAAACCUUGUCCGGACUGAUGCCUGAAACAGUGCAGAUUAAGGAAAACCGUCUCACUGUGCAAAAGGUGGACGACACCAUCAACACCACCUUCAUCUGCGAGGUCAGAAACAGUUUGGGAUCCGGCAAAGAUCAGGUCUCCAUCUUCGUGAGGGAACAACCACCUCCCCCAUCAAACACGGGCGUGAUCGCAGGCGUAAUCUUCGCGUGCAUUCUGGCCAUCAUACUGUUAGUUGUCCUCGUCUACUUCCUGGUAUUCCAUAAUCGCCGCCAACAGCAUGGUUACCGUGGCACCGGCAAGCCAGCCGGUGCUCCCUACGACUCCAUUACCCGCCUCUUUGGAUCUGCCAAAUCGAGCAAAAAUGGCACCGGAAACAACGGGAACAACAACACGCCCAUUUACAGAGGAGAGGUGGGGCUUAACGAGAAAACGGCCAAUCAGGGCAUGCAUCCAGGGGGCGUGGCUUUGCUCGAGACCACGCACACUCAUACGGCAGAGGACAUCCUGCUUAGCAGAGAGAUGGACGAGGUAGAAAGAAAGAAAUUCGAUGAACUUGAAGAAGAGGAUGAGCGAUACGAUCACUUCGGUGGGGGCGGACCCAUCCUACAGCUCCGCCCACACGACGACGAUAUAGAUGAUGACAUGGAGUCCCAAAGGGACGGCUCCGUGAUUUCUCGGACUGCAGUCUACGUGUAAAAGGAGAGUAGAGAGAGCUUCCUCUUCCACAAGGAUUAACGAAUAUUCAUUUUAUUGUAAAAACAAAUUACGGCAUCAAAUACCAUGAGAGAAGGAUUAAUGGAUGGAUUGAGUUAAUGAAUGGAUGAAUUAAUACGCUGGAUAUAGCACAGAUUAAAACAUUAAAGGAUUGGGUGAAGUAAAUAGAGACAACUACAUAUAAAACUGUUAGGCUUCCAUUUCUAAUUAUUGCUCUGGUUGUCAUGGUGACACGCUCCGAGUAAUACGAAACUGCGGAUGUUGACACUGCGUUGAUAUAUAUGACAUGCACACACAUGAAGUUAUAUAUGUAAAUCCACUGUGCUGUUAUGUAAUGCUUUUAACUUGUUCUUAUUUUCUAUUGAUCAUGGGUUCAUACCUAAACCGGUUUCAAACUAGAUUCACGUUCCUCAACAUCUCUGUAUCUUCUAUGGAAGCUGUGUUGAUUGUGUAGAUUUUAAAGAAGAGUCACAUGUGCCCAGUGCUUUUGAUCUGUCAUACAUUCAAACUAAAUCAGUCAUGUCUAAUAUUUGACUAGCCACGCCUCUGUGGCAUUCCUUCCUGUAAAUUUAUCCUCACACAGUCAUCCGUCUCAAGAUGACGUGCACUGUUCACCCAUUAUACAGCACUCUAUCUGAAUCCCGUGAUAUGACUCACCAGUGAAUCAUUUGGAUUUUCGGGGCUAAUCAAAUCAAAUCAAAUCAAAUCAAACAUUAAUGAAUGGUGUGUUCAUUCUCACCCACAAACCAUUUACCCAAGAAAAGAUGAGUUCAAGGCAGCGCCUUUUAUCAUUUUCCUUGUACAAUUUCCUUAUGCAUUCAGUUGAAAAAAAAAUGUAGCAGAUCGCUGUAGUAAUAAAAACCGAGGCAGGGUCACAUCCUGCCGGAAAGGAAGAAUUUGACUAAAUAUAUGGUAAUAUGUUACAGUUAAACUAAAGGGAUGGUGUGCCACAUAUUGAACACUAUAGAUAUUGUUAACAUUGGGUUUAGUUAUCGUAAACCAACUUUCACAGCAUUUAUUAAUCUAAUUUCAUGUUAGAAAUACACUGUUGUUCAUGGUUUGUUCAUAGUACGCUUGACUUCUAAAGUUGAAAUGUUAAAAAUUAAUAAAUGCUGUGGACAUAUUGAUGCAUUCUAUAUUUAUAACCAUAACCCACGUCCAAGGUUACCAUGGCCACACUGCUAAAUAUACCUCUCCUCAAGACAUCGCAGUUCACAUUACAUACUGUUAAUUCCUUGUUUUUUUUUUGUCGUUCCUCUCAGCCGGAGAGAUACACUGCCUUGUUUAAUGGGAAAUAAAAUGAAGAAGCUCACGAGUGAGUGAAAGAUCGUGCAUAUUGUUCGAUGUGAGGUGAUUGUAAACUACUGUAUGUACACAUUUUAUUUUUCUUAAAAAGAAAAGUCUAUACUUCUAUAUGUUGUAAAUAUGAAAACGGGGCGAAUAUCCAGGUCGAAUGUUGCGCAUGUCAACCACAGCUUUGUGCGUACAGUACUAUUUGAGAGCACAUAUCGCAUAUUUACAUCUCUAAUCUAGUAUCGAAAUACUAGAUUAGUUGAAACGUUCACAUGGGAAAAGUUUCUAUCGGGUGUAUUUGCGCUCUGUGUGUGUGUGUGAGAGUGAGUCAGCGUGUUAAGUGGUGUCUGACUCGAGGGCAGUGAGUUAUUCCUCCAGUCUCUCAGGGUCUCGCACACAUACACAGUGUGAUUUAAACUGGACAUCACACACACUCACAUACACACACACACAGACACACAUAUUCUUCUCCCUCUAAAUCAUCUGUCAAACCAACUGCCCUUGAGUCUAUAAGUGUCCCUGUCUGUUCCAAAGCAUCAGAGGGCAUAGUGAGUGCCGUAGUGUUGUUUUCCCUUGGCUUCCGUCUUGAUUCACUGACCCUAUUAGUGUACGUCUGGAUCAGAAGUUUUUCUCCCCUCUGAAAGGGUGGUCAGCCUGACACGGGCCGGUCUGGGUCUGACGUGCUCUGAUCCCAGCUUUGACGCUGCCUAGUUUACAUCCUGAUUGAAAGGUCAGACGGCAGUCGGUGAAUGUGAGAGUAGAGGAAGUGAUUUCGUCACUCGUGCUCUGAGAGGCAGAACGCUUUAGCUCCUCAUUAGAGGAGAACGCACUGACCUUCCAGCUCGACGUCUCCUCCAGGAAUUCCGUAAUGAAGGAACGGAUGCCUUGAGAAUAUUAAGGAAGUGUCCUCUGCGAUGGGAGACGGUUUAAGUAGUGGAUUUGUGAAUAUGGGAUGUUACGGUCUCCUCGAUGUUGUCGUCCCUCGUUGUCUGGUUUAGAUGUUCCACAGUCCUGGUAAACACAUACACACACACAUUUAAAAGCCUUAAUGUCACCCGUCACAAACCAUUCCUCCUGUGUAUAUAGUAUAAAUAUAUAAACAUGAUAUACAUAAGGCUAAACAGUGAUGUCACAUCCUUGUGUAUUGUACUUCACUGUUGUGAGCAUGAAGGAUACAUUUUUUUUUUUUUUUGCGUUGGAAAUGCUUUAUAAUAAGGUUCAAUUUGCUAGCAUUUUUAAUGCAUUAGGUAUUAUGACAUAAUGUGAAUCAGUUUUACUGCGUUUAUUAAGCUGUUGUCUAAUUUAUGAAUGCUUAUCGAUGCUCAUGUUAGUUUAUUUAACUUGAAAUGCAGUGCAUAAUGCAUUAAACUCGUCGCAUAUUGAACCAUAUUGUAAAACGUUGAGUUUUAUAUCACUUGAUUUUACUGUUUAUUUUUCUUCUUUUUAAGAUUUGUGCUUUAAUUGUUUUUAUUCUGAGUGAUUUAUUGAUGCCUGUAACGUAUUUGUGCUGUAAACUGUUGAGCAGUGCUCGCUCUCAAACUCUAAUGGACGCAAAAAACACAUAAACGCUACUAAAUGCUUUACCGCCUUGCAUUGCUUUUAGGUUUUAUUUUGGUUGUCUGAAUGUUUUCAUGGUCUUUGUAAUAUUGUCUUUUUUAUUUGGUUGCUUAUUAAAGUCUUACAGAUAUUUCA